AAAGGGAACUGAGCGGAACCUUGUUUUGGUUCCAGUCGGAGAGUUUAGCAGCGGAAACACAGUCCGCGCUGGGCGCUCGCUCUGCCACGUCGGAAACAUUGUGCGUAAUUUCAUUUCUGAAGCUCUGAAGAGCAGCUGGGACACUUUCUUAAGAUUUCAGCGUGAAGGCGGCUGUUGGAGGGAUAUAAUCAAAUAUGGUUUCAGUCAUUAACACCGUGGACACCUCACAUGAGGACAUGAUCCAUGAUGCUCAGAUGGAUUAUUACGGCACCAGACUGGCCACCUGCUCCUCUGAUCGCUCCGUGAAGAUCUUUGACGUCAAAAACGGAGGGCAGAUCCUCGUGGCUGAUCUGAGGGGUCAUGAGGGUCCGGUGUGGCAGGUGGCCUGGGCUCACCCCAUGUACGGCAACAUCCUGGCGUCCUGCUCCUACGACAGGAAGGUGAUCAUCUGGAAGGAGGAGAACGGCACCUGGGACAAGAUGUAUGAAUACACAGGCCACGACUCGUCCGUGAACUCUGUUUGCUGGGGACCGUACGACUUCGGCUUGUUUCUGGCCUGUGGCAGCUCAGACGGUGCCAUCUCAGUGUUGACCUGCUCUGGAGAUGGACACUGGGAUAUUAAGAAGAUCAACAAUGCACAUACAAUCGGCUGUAACGCUGUGAGUUGGGCCCCAGCUGUUGUCCCAGGGAGUCUUAUUGAGCAGCCAACAGGACAGAAGCCCAACUACAUCAAGAGAUUUGUGUCUGGAGGUUGUGACAAUCUGGUCAAGCUGUGGAAGGAAGAGGACGGCCAGUGGAAAGAGGACCAGAAGCUGGAGGCUCACAGUGAUUGGGUGAGAGAUGUUGGCUGGGCUCCUUCCAUCGGUCUGCCGACCAGCACAAUCGCCAGCUGCUCACGGGAUGGUCGUGUGUUUAUCUGGACGUGUGACGACCCAGCCGGUAACACCUGGACGGCUAAACUCCUGCACAAAUUCAAUGACGCGGUGUGGCACGUGAGCUGGUCCAUCACAGGAAAAAUCCUGGCUGUGUCAGGAGGAGACAACAAAGUGACCCUGUGGAAGGAGUCAGUGGACGGACAGUGGGCUUGUAUCAGUGACGUCAACAAAGGCCAGGGGGCCGUGACCUCCAUCACAGACAGCCAGCAGAACGAGCAAUGAAGCCCGUCUCCUCUCUCACACCUCCAGUCAGACAAGGCUGACAUUGUGCUGCCCUCAAAGACUUUUCUUGAACGUUAAAAGUGCAUCUCGCUCCCAGCCGGCAGAGUGGAUAUGAAAUUGUGUUUUGGUUUUCAACCUGACCCAUGAUUUUUUUUUUUUAGAUUGUUUCCAUUGCUUCAUUUCCAAACAGGAUGUUUGAGCUGAUUUAUAUUGUUUGUAAAAAUUCCUAACAUGUUAAUUAUGUUGAGAAAUGAUUCAUGGAGAAGAGUAAGAAAAAAAUGAUGAUAAAUGAAAGCUGGUCCAGAUAUAUUAGCCACAGUGGACUUUAGUGUGUUUCAAGACCUACACGACCAUUGAAGAAUAAAGUUUUUUAUACUAAACUAUAA